CAGUGGCGUUGGCGUUGUGGUGUUGUGGAGGAUAGCAUUAGGUGGAUGGAGUGAGCUGUUGUUUUGAUAAAUAUGGUUUCCCUCCUCAAUGGUUCCUCUUUUUUCUCCUUUGCUGAAACAUGUUGAGACAUUCAGUCACAACAAAAUCUCUAACAAGCACGACUUUGGUUGGUACAGGUUUUGAUCCACCAACAGGACAUAUUUGUGGGGCAUGCUGAGCCAUGUCGAGCCUGUUUGUAGCAGCAUGGCCCAAGAGUCGUCAGCUUCCCAAGGAACUGUACGGGGCCGCUCGAUUGAGGUUCACAAGCCAUGAAGAGAGCUACGGAGAUGAAGGCGAAAGCCAUGGAGAUGAAGGAGUCGUACCCGAAGACGGUGAAGGUAGCUGACCGCCUUGUGAACAUGGGGCUCAAUUAUUUGGACAUCGUCACAGAUGUCAUCGUCGUGCUAAGCUAUGGGUGCUUCACCAAUAACAGCCUCACGAUUUCCUGCAACAAUCAGGACGUGUUUCUUUCAAACUCAACGAACAGCACCACAAACGCUACCAUCACGCUCGAGGAAGAGGCAUUGUGCCAACCUCAUUGGUGGUGGUUUGGGAUCGGGUUGAGUUUGCUGGUAGUCUCGACACUUGUGCAGGCCUGUUUUUACGGUGGGUUCUCUGAUUCCGUGACAUGGGGCGUUGUGUCUCUUUGCCAGUUGAGUUAUGUCCGCGAUGUGUGGCUGGCCACCCAAGAUGAUGACCCGAACGACAAAGGAGACGGUGAAGCGACUCCAGCAAUGCUGAGAGAUGUGAUUGUGAAGCUCACAGAAUGUGCACCCCAACUAUAUUUGCAAAGCUACAUCCUAUUUGCAGUCGGAGCUCACGGACACUUUGUGAAUGUGUUUUCUACACUUGUCUCGGCAUCAUCCCUCAGCUACGGAAUCGCAAAAAGAUAUUCAUUUCUGGAUCUGAAAGAGAAGAUCCUGGUGUUCUUCUUCCUGGCAACGGAUCAACUUCUCCGUGCCUCCGCGUACGCAUUCAUCUUGUCCGAUGCCGUGAGGCCCAUCGGCAUCACCCUGGCGGUGCUCUUCCUGGUAGGCCUCACUGCACUCGUUUGUUGUGCAGGUGGUUCUGAGACGGGAUGCUCGUAUUUGUUGUUCGGACAUUUGGUGCCUGUUUCAUUUUUCCAAGUGGCGGACCCGGAGAAAUCCCAAUCAGAGAAACGUGCGUGGUUUCUUUGUUUGAUUGGCCGAUACAUCGAAAUGAUCAUCUAUGGCCUUCUGGGCCUGACAGUGGCCACGACUUCUUGCGGAUAUGCACCUGUGAACGAAGUUGUGGCCUUCUUUGCCCUGUUGGCGGUGAAUGUCGUAUUAUUGUUAUUAUUUGUUUGCUGGAUUUGCAAGAAUGGCGCUCUUUCAUCGUCUAUCAUGCACAAGCGUCAGGAAAUGGAGACCGAGUAGGAUAGAGUCUGCCAGACAGACCUAGCCACUGUUUAGAACUGCCACCUGGGACGGGCAUGUUCAGAAUCACCCGACCUUCC